CUCUUUUCGCUUGUCAAUUUAACGGUAAACUUUCAAGAUGUUGAUGCCAAAACAGAAUCGCGUGUCUAUCUAUGAAUAUCUAUUUAAAGAGGGUGUUAUGGUAGCAAAGAAGGAUUACCAUGCCCCCAAGCACCCAGAUCUAGAGAAGAUCCCUAACCUCCAAGUAAUCAAGGCGAUGCAGUCCUUAAAAUCUAGGGGUUAUGUGAAGGAACAGUUCGCGUGGAGACAUUUUUACUGGUACCUGACCAAUGAAGGUAUUGAGUACCUGCGCAUCUUUCUGCACCUACCACCAGAGAUCGUGCCCGCGACCCUUAAGCGCACUGCCCGUACUGAAACUGUACGCCGCGGCGCCAUGGGCCGCCCUGAUGUCCCGGCGCGAGCUGCCGAGGACCGCUCCGCAUAUCGCCGCGCGCCCACCGGUCCCGGUGGCGCUCCGCACGACAAAAAGGCUGAUGUUGGCCCUGGAUCAUCUGACCUUGAAUUCAGAGGAUUUGGACGAGGUAGCAGACCUGCACCUUAAGUAUAAUAAAAAAAUCGUAAUUUA